UACAUUAAACUGGGCUUGUUGGAGCUUUAAUUAAAGCUUUAUUAGCGAGGCGGUUGGUUCCCGCCAAAAAAGUGCGAAAGAACUGAAAAGUUCGGCCUCCACACGGGACUUCCAUUCACACACAUGCAUCCGCUGCUUGCCACGUGUCCCUCAAGACCACGUAACACCCUUCAGAAAGGUCACAGCUUUUUUACUGAAAAUGGAAAACAGAGAAGUUGACAGACUACACACGAUUCCUUCUUCCUCUUUUGCUUUCUUCUUUGAUUCUCUCUCUGAUCAGAGUCCUUGAUGAAGAGCCAGACCAUGAGGGUCCCCGUUGGGUUUCUUGCUAAGCUAUGUAGCUUUCUGUAUUUUCUUCCCUUCUUCUUCUUGCUCCUCAUCCUGGGCCUUGUCAAAGCUUCAAUCAUUUGUCCAUUAGUAGUGGGUAUUAUUGUGAUUGGCAAUUCAGCUGUUAUAAUUGGGCUUUGGAUCGCCCAUUUUAUCUGGACAUACUAUUGUGUUGCAAGAACUAAGAGACUUGGGCUGGUCCUGAAGCUUGUGGUGUUAUUGUUGUUGCCACUGCCUUUGAUCCUUUGGCCAGUCUUUGGAAUUGCUGCUAGUUUUUUGGGUGGAGUUGGAUAUGGGUUCUUUGCUCCUCUUCUUGCAACUUUUGAGGCUGUUGAAGAGAAUGUUAGGAACAAAUUUUAUCACUGUUUUGCUGAUGGCUGUUUUUCUACUCUCAACGGGAGCUGCACGGUGGUACGGGAUUUCGUGGAUUUUUGCUUCCAUUCUUACUUCUCAUACAUGGAUGAACUAAGUGAGAAGGUCCCAGAGGAUGAAAAUCCCAUGGAUGUUAAGUUAUCAAGACUGCCAAGUUGUUUGUUGGUCGUCCUGAUUGCUGUGCCUGUAGAUAUGCUUCUGAUUACAGUUGUUGCACUCUGGAAAAGCCCAUACAUGCUGUUCCAAGGAUGGAAAAGGCUAUUAGAGGACUUGAUGGGCAGAGAAGGGCCAUUCCUGGAGACGGUUUGUGUUCCAUUUGCAGGUCUUGCGAUUCUCCUAUGGCCUCUGGCCGUUAUAGGAUCUGUUACUGGUGCCAUUAUAUCCAGCUUAUUUCUGGGACUUUAUAGUGCAGUUAUAGUCCAUCAGGAAGACUCACUCCUGAUGGGCCUUGCCUAUGUUGUAGCAGUCGUUUCACUAUUUGAUGAAUAUGUAAAUGAUUUACUCUACUUGAGUGAAGGAUCGUGCCUGCCCAGGCCUAGAUAUCGGAAAAAAAUGGGCUCAGAAACAGAUGACGGCGACAAAGGCAUGAAGAACAGAAGAGAAAACUCCCUGGAAGUAAAACUAUCCUCAGAAAGAUCAAGAACACUGAAGUGGGCUAUCCAUCAAUAUAAACCAGUACACGUAUGGGAUUGGCUAUUUAAAUCCUGCGAGGUGAAUGGUAGGAUACUUCUUCGUGAUGGCCUAGUGAAUAUCAAGGACAUUGAGGCUUGUGCCUUGAAGGGUGAUUGUAAGAAGUUGAGCAUCAAACUACCAGCCUGGUCCAUAUUACAGUGUCUGCUUACCUCUGCAAAAUCAGAUUCAUGCGGACUAAUUAUCUCUGAUGGCGUGGAGCUAACAAGAUUUAAUGCACCAAGAGAUAAAUUGUUUGAAUGGUUAAUCGGACCUUUACUGGUGAUGAAAGAGCAAAUAAAGAAACUUCAGUUAGAUGAAAAUGAAGAAUACUGCCUGAGAAGGUUAAUUCUAAGUUCCAAAAAUGAAAAUCCUGAGGAUUGGGAUGGCUCUGGAUUUCCAUCUAAUGACAAUGUCAGAAGAGCACAGUUGCAAGGCAUAAUUAGAAGAUUAGACGGUAUUGUGACCUUCAUGACCCGCAUACCAACUUUCCGGCGUCGCUUUACGAAUUUGGUGAAGGUGCUGUAUUUAGAGGCAAUCCAGGCUGCUGCUUCAUCCCAACAAAUUGGAAGAGCAUUAAAAUUCAAUCUUGCAGGCAAAAGCUCAGUCAAGGAUGCAAACGGAAAAGACAAAGAUGAAACUGAAGCUCAAGCUUGGCACAGGGCAUUAGACAGUGGGAUUUUAUUGUGAUGAACUCCAAGUGAUGUUAGAUUUUCGCAUUUUCUGAGGAUGUUAAAGACUCAUAGUACGAGUUUAGCCUGGUUUGGUCUAGGUUAAAGGCAUAUUGCGUUUUUACUGCAAGUUAGCAUAUGACAAAUGCAUUGACGAA